CAUGCGCAGCCUUGCUAGCCUCUCACUACUUACAUUCUAGUAUGCUAGAAUACACACAAAUGGAUUAAUGCUCGUCAAAACCUCAACAAACAGGAUGCAGGACAGGUUAGGCAGACAAUGAGAUCUCUCCUCAAGAUGUUUCCACAAACAGGAAAAUCAAUCGUGUUUGAUCACUUCCCCGAUCCCACGGACACCUGGGACAUCGUGGAGACCAUUGGGAAGGGGACCUACGGCAAGGUCUACAAGGUGCUCAACAAACAGGAUGGCAGCAAAGCAGCCGUGAAGAUACUGGAUCCCAUCCACGACAUCGAUGAGGAGAUCGAGGCGGAGUACAACAUCCUCAAGGCGCUCUCAGACCACGCCAACGUGGUCAAGUUCUACGGCAUGUUCUACAAGAAGGACGCCAAGUGUGGAGACCAGCUGUGGCUGGUCCUAGAGCUGUGUAACGGGGGCUCGGUGACGGACCUGUCCAAGGGGAUGCUGAAGCGGGGGGAGAGGAUAGAAGAGUCCAUCAUCGCCUACAUCCUGCACGAGGCCCUCAUGGGUCUCCUGCACCUCCACGUCAACAAGACCAUCCACCGGGACGUGAAGGGGAACAACAUCCUGCUCACCACCCAGGGGGGAGUCAAGCUGGUGGACUUUGGCGUAUCGGCCCAGCUGACCAACACCAGGCUGAGGAGGAACACCUCGGUGGGAACCCCGUUCUGGAUGGCUCCGGAGGUCAUCGCAUGUGAGCAGCAGUUAGACACUACCUACGACGCCCGCUGUGACGUGUGGUCUCUUGGCAUCACCGCCAUCGAGCUGGGAGAUGGAGACCCGCCCCUCUCAGACCUCCACCCAAUGAGAGCACUCUUCAAAAUACCCAGAAACCCUCCUCCGACUCUGCAUCAGCCAGAACUGUGGACAGGCAUCUUCAACGACUUCAUCUGCAAAUGCCUGAUUAAGGACUUUGAGCUGCGACCCAAUGUUCUGGACCUCCUCCAGCAUGUUUUCCUCCAGCAGAUCCGAGGUAAAGAGAAGGUCCUGCAGAAGCAUUUGAUGGAACACAUCGACCUCAACCAGCAGCUUGGAAACAUUGAGAAAACGAGCCAUCAUGGAAAGGCAGUCAGAACCACAGAGCAAAACGACAGACAUGAGCGUAUCCACACAAAGAAAGGCAGCAACAUGAAUUCCUUCACAGACGUGGAGGAGGUAGACGACCUAGCCACCCUCGAAGUUCUGGAUGAGAACACGGUGGCAGACAACCUGCAGGGCCGCUAUGCCAAGGACCAGAUCUACACGUAUGUGGGGGACAUCCUCAUCGCCGUCAACCCUUUCCACCCCAUGGACAUCUACACCCCUGAGCACACUAAGAAGUACCUGGGGGCCGAACGCAAGGCCAACCCUCCACACAUCUUCGCCGUGGCUGACAUCGCCUACCAGUCCGGGGUGUCCGACAGCACGGACCAGUGCAUCGUGAUCAGCGGCGAGAGCGGCGCCGGCAAGACGGAGAGCGCUCACCUGUUGGUCCAGCAGCUCACCUUUCUGGGGAAGGCCAAUAACCGGGAGCUGCAGGAGAAGAUCCUGCUGGUCAACAGCCUGGUGGAGGCGUUCGGCAACGCCACCACGGCCAUCAACGAUAACUCCAGCCGCUUCGGGAAGUACCUGGAGAUGAAGUUCACCAGCGGGGGGACGGUGGUGGGGGCCAAGAUCUCAGAGUACCUGCUGGAGAAGUCCAGGGUCAUCCAUCAGGCCGCAGGAGAAAGAAACUUCCACAUAUUUUACUACAUGUACGCGGGGCUGGCGGAAAGAAGAAAGCUUGCCCACUACAAGCUCUCCGACAGCAAAACACCCAAGUAUCUGUUCAACGAGCAUGUUAAAUUAGGACCUGACAUCGUCAGCAAUGCCUCUUACAAGGAGCAGUUUGAUGCGGUGGAGCAGUGUUUCAAAGUCAUCGGAUUCACCCUGGAGGAGCUGGGCAGUGUUUACAGCACCCUGGCCGCCAUCCUCAUCUCCGGCGACCUGGAGUUUGCCGCCGUGGCGUCGGAACACCAAACGGACAAGAGUGAGAUCUCAAACAUCCCCGUUCUGGAAAACGUGGCGUCGCUGCUGUGCAUCCGCUGCGAUGAGCUGCAGGAGGCGCUGACGUCGCACUGCGUGGUGGCGCGCGGCGAGACCAUCAUACGGCCCAACACGGUGGAGAAGGCCACGGAGGUGCGGGACGCCAUGGGCAAGGCGCUGUACGGACGCCUCUUCAGCUGGAUCGUCAACCGCAUCAACGCCCUGCUCAGCACCAACGAGCCCCUCGGCGAGGGGGACAACAGCCUCAACAUCGGGAUCCUUGACAUCUUCGGCUUUGAGAACUUCAAGAGGAACUCCUUCGAGCAGCUGUGCAUCAACAUCGCCAACGAGCAGAUCCAGUUCUACUUCAACCAGCACAUCUUCACCUGGGAGCAGGACGAAUACCUGAACGAGGAGGUGGACGUGCGGAUGAUCGAGUACGAAGACAACCGGCCCCUGCUGGACAUGUUCCUCCAGAAGCCCAUGGGCCUGCUGUCCCUGCUGGACGAGGAGAGCCGCUUCCCCCAGGCCACCGACCAGACUCUCGUAGAGAAAUUUGAAGUUAAUCUGAAAUCCAAACACUUCUGGAGACCCAUGAGGGUGGACCUUGGCUUCGGGAUCAACCACUAUGCCGGAAAGGUGAUCUACAACGCCAGCGGGUUCCUGGCUAAGAACCGCGACAUGCUGCCAGCGGACAUCGUUCUGCUCCUUCGGUCUUCAGAGAACCUUCUCAUUAGCAAACUGGUCACCCACCCCCUCACCAAAACAGGUAACCUGGCCCACACCAAGGGGAAAGGUGCUCUCCUGAUGCAAGCACCCCGUACCCCGAACCGCACCAUGAACUUCACCAAGAUGGGGCUUGUGUUUUACAAUGAGCCUUCUUGGAAAUUAACACUCACGUCUGAAAACAAGCGCUUGCUCUCUCAGUCCCCCGACGCCUCGGGAGACUCAGGAGAAGCCACCCACCACCCGAGGGAGACCACCAACAUGAGGACCCAGACCGUCUCCUCCUAUUUCAGAUACUCCCUGAUGGACCUGCUCUCCAAGAUGGUGUCCGGCCAGCCCCACUUUGUGCGCUGUAUCAAGCCCAACAACGACCGCCAGGCCCACAGGUUUGACCAAGAGAAGGUCGUGGUCCAACUGCGCUACACCGGGGUUCUGGAAACUGCCAAGAUCCGUAGACAGGGCUACUCCCACCGAAUCCUCUUUGCCAAUUUCGUCACGAGGUACAGCAUCCUGGCGUUCCGUGCCAAUGAAGAGCCAGCCGCCACUCCAGAGAGCUGCACUGCCAUCCUGGAGAAGGCCAAGCUGGAGAACUGGGCCAUGGGGAAGACUAAGGUGUUCCUCAAAUAUUUCCACGUUGAACACCUAAACCUGGUGGUCCAGCGGGCCUCGAACCGGAUCGUUCUGGUCCAGGCUUGCGUCCGGGGCUGGCUGGGGGCCAAGAGGUACCAGAGAAUCCUGGCCAAGCGGGAGCAGAGCGCCCUGGUCCUGCAGUCUGCUUACCGAGGAUAUCAAGGUCGCAAGAAGGCUGUGGGCGCCAAAACCCAGGCCCAGCUGGAGGCCUUCAUUACCAAGUUUCAGGCGGUUUGCAGAGGCUACCUGGCAAAGAAGAAGUACAAGGCGCUCAUUGACGAGAAGAACCUAGCAGCCACCAAGAUCCAGGCCCGGUACCGAGGGCAUCGGGACAGGAAGAGCUUACAACGGAAGAAGGAGGCCAAGGCCAAGGAGCAGGAAGAAGCAUCUCUCAAAGAAAAGGAGGAGGAGGAGCAGCAGAAGGAGGAGACGGCCGCGGAACAGAACGAGGACGCGGCGGGCGAAGCCGAGACGAAAGAGGGGUCGGACGGCAGUGCCCCCGCUGUGCCCGGCGGCUCGCUGACUGAAGAGGAGGAACAGGCCAAAGCCGCCGUGGUCCUCCAGAGUAACUACCGCGGGUACAAAGAGAGGAAGAAGUUCAAGGGGCGCAAUAAGACCGCGGCCGGAGACGGGACCGCCGGCGAGGGUCAGGGGGAGGGAUCAGCCGCCCUGGAGGUGCUGGCAGAGGGGAACGAUGGUGGCAAAAAGGAGGGGGAAGUAGAGGGCACCGAGGGAGAGACGGAUGGUGCAAAGGGAGCGGAGGAGGAGGAGGACGAGAACACUGUGGAGGCGGAGGACAAUGAGGACAGUGACCACACACAGGUGGCGGAGGAGGAGGAGGACGACGAGGUGAGUACCGUCGUGGGCGAGGAGGAGAUGGAGAAAGAGCAGUCGGCCGUGGAUGAGGAGGUGCCAAAGGAAGACGGGAGCGCUGAAGAGGGAGGUGACGUCAGUGUUGAGGAGGAGACCAAGGCGGCCACUGUCAUUCAGAGUAACUUCAGGGGCCACCGGGAGAGGAAGAGGCUGGAGGAGGAGGGAAAAAUCCCGGCCCGGAAGAAAAAAGAGGAGAAGGCCCCGUCGGAAACGGGGGACGCCCCCAGCGAAGACACAACCAAAGAAGAAGCCUCAACUGCAGCCAAAGAAGAAGAGGCGUCCACUCCAGUAGACGUCUCAGAGGUUGAUGUGCAGUUGGAGGACCCGGACGAGGCCAGGGCAGCCGUGGUCAUCCAGAGCAACUUCCGGGGCCACAAAGAACGCAAGAGGCUGCAGGAAGAAGGGAAACUACCCAAGAAGAACCAGACCUCAAACGGCGUUCCCCCAGCACCGGCAGAAGGGGAGACCACCGCACAGGAAGAGGAACUGCCUCCGCCUCCAGACUUUGCCGCAGAGUUCCAGGGGGGUGAAGACGAAGUGAAGGCCGCCACGGUCAUCCAAAGCAACUUCAGAGGCCAUCGGGAACGUAAGAAGAUGAAGGCAGAGAAAGAGACCAAGGGGCAAGAGGGCCAAGAGGCAGCCCUUUCACAAGACCCUGAAGGAGAAGGAGUUACAAACGGCGAUAAGGGGGCCCAGCAGGACGCGAUUGACGUUACCGACGUGGAGCUCGAGUGUAAGAAGGAGGGAGACGCAGAGAAGGAGAGGCUGGAGGAGGAGCAGGCAGCCCUGACGAUCCAGAGGACCUACAGAGGGUACCAGGACCGGAAGGCCCAGAAGGGCAGUAAGGAGUCUGUGCAGGAAGACGCCAAGGCUUUUGAGGCCUUCUCAAAAAGUGUUAGAAAGGCUUCUCAGGACUUUGCCAGUAUACAGGAGAAACUGAACGAGAUAAUCCUGAACCACCAGUCCACCGCUCAGGACAACGCGCUGUUCGUCAAACCCGGCUCCGCCAACGGCCUAAUCCACAAGAGCUACUCAUCAGUCCUGCCGAAAGGAUCAAGGACCCCCCGUCGAACCCAGCCUCCGAAGACCCUGAACACCCCCGAGGAGUCGACCUACUACAACCAGAUCCACCGGUCCGUGCAGGAUAGCAAGUCUCUUCCCACAAAGGACGGGCCAGAGAAGCUGCUGAAUGAGGAUGAGCCGUACCACCAGGGCCUGACCACCAGCAUGUCCUCCCCCUGCCUCCUCAGCAGCCAGGCCCAGGAGGAGGGCAGCAGCAGCAGCAGCAGCAGCGCCGGCGGGCUGGAGCGGAGGCGCUCCAUGGAGAGGAAACAGUCCAUCAGGCGGAAGGCGGCGCUGGAGAGGAGUGUCUCCAUGGAGCAGGGAGCCGAACUGGACCAGAGGCGGGCCCGCGAACGGGCCGACUCAGAACCAGAACCUCCCACGGAGAACGGAAGGGAGAAGAGGGGCUCCGUGAGCAGGAUGCCCUCCAUGGAGAGCAGCGCCGGGGGCAACCCCUUUGACUUCAGACACCUGCUGAGGAAGACCUCGCAGAGACAGCGGCUCAUCAAGCACCACUGAGCCCCGGGGGACGUCCGUGUGCCCGCGUCGCGCGCACGUCGAGACUUUAGCUUUAUGAAUACCAUGGCAGGACUGUAGGCGCUGAUCCAUAUGUUAGGUAUGGAUGGCUCCAGCCUAAAAUAUCAGUUUAUGUCACUGACUCGAUGUAUGUAUCCUGGACACUGUGGUGGAAAAUCUUCGAUACUGUAUUGACGACAUAAUACAUUUAAAGAGUUUAUUGUAAAGAAGUUACAAAUAGAAAGUGGUCUCUGCAGAGAGGCCACUCAACAAAACAAGCACACAAAGGUGGAGGCGCUGCGGUGAGCCCCGAACAGUGGGCCCGCUCCGGUGUUGACGCGGGGAGGCAUCCUUGAGGCGCAGCUGCAGACAGGGAUGCCACUACUCCUUUCGGCAUCUCAGGACGCAGCCCGUGGUAUAGCUGCGAGUCAGCCCAGGGCAAUAAGUGCGGCACAUACAGUGAAAUGGUUACUAUAGAUAAUAACUGAGAGGUCACAGUGUCUUAGUGUCUUGAGACCGCCAUGUCUUAUGGACAUUUCCAUUACAAUACCUAGGUUGGAGAGGUGAAAUUUCUGGUUGUAAAAAUUGGGUAUUUUUUCAGAAUACCUGGGUUUUGGAAAUCGAUCUUUUGGUGUAUCUGAAUGAAGCUGGAAACCAAAACAAUAUAACAAUGUUAAUCUGAAUGUUGCCCUCGCCCCGCUCGGACUUUGUGCCGCUUCCUGUUUCCCAGGAAAUAAGCCAGGUCAGCUAAUUUUCAACUUCCUGUUUGUAAUUUUUCACACAUAUUUUCAGGUUGUUAAUCAUCUGGCACAACAGUGACAUAGAUUUAGCUUUUUCGGUGCUUUAGAUGUACAGCAGAGUUAACUUGUAGAGCACGACAGUACAUAGUAUGUUUUUCAAGGCUUGAAAAGGAUUUGGGGCGAUUUGAUUGUAAAUAACAACUGUUAUUCCUUUACACUUUUGUUGCUGUUAUUUCUUUGUAAUUAAAUAUAAGGUGAUAUAGACGAACAUAAAUGAAUAUCAGGUACCGCAUAGCGAGUUCAAAGAUCUGGGACAUUUCACUUUGACAGCUUUGUUUUUACAUUUAACUUAUAUAUAGACGAUUAUUAUUACUUAGAUUAUCAUUUGUAAUAACUGUAUAGAACAUGUGUAAGUACAACAAGGACAAGUAGAUUGUCGUUUGUCAUUGGCAAUAAUCCAUUUUGUUGCUGCUUUCGGAUUGUUCAUGUGUAAAUGUGUCUUGUAGAAAUGUACAGGGUUUGGGUUGCUGCAAUUUCAAUACAUGUUUUUGGUCAUUUGAAA